AUAAUUAAUUUUAAAUAGAAUAUUGAUGUAAUUUUUAUUAAUACAUACUGAUAGUCUGAUACUGAAGCUGAUGGUAACCCGCCUAUUUCGGUUCGACGGCGGUUCAAAGAACCGGCGGUUCGCAGAGCCGAUUAGGCAGGGCAAGUGCCGGAAGUCUACUAUGAUGUGGGCUACCGAUGAAGGCUGAAUCCGCAGCAGGAUUAUCCACUCAAUCGAUGGCCAGUUCAGAUCUGAAGCAUUUUGGGGAAACGAUGGUGAUAAGUCUGGUCAAUGAUGCUUCUGCGAUUGCGAAGCUAGGUGAACAUGGAGUUGCGACCUCGUUACUCAGAUGGGUUGCUGCGCUUGCCGCAAUAUAUUUGUUGAUCCUCGACAGGACAAAUUGGAGAACCAACAUAUACACAACCCUUUUAAUUCCUUACCUUUUCUUUACUCUCCCAUCUUUACUAUUCAACUAUUUCAGGGGAGAAGUUGGCAAGUGGUUUGCUCUCAUUGCUGUUGUGCUGCGCCUGUUCUUCCCCCGGCAUUUUCCAGAUUGGUUGGAAUUACCGGGAUCAUUGAUCCUGCUGCUCGUGGUGGCUCCCGACUUGCUUGCUUACUCAAUAAGGGGCAAUGUAGUCGGCGUGCUGUUAUGCCUGGUGAUAGGAUGUUAUUUGCUGCACGAGCACGUUCAGGCGUCGGGCGGGCUGAGGAAUUCCUUUACAAAGAAGAAGGGCAUCUGGAACUCCAUUGGAAUACUGAUGUUGUUCAUCUAUCCUGUAUGGGCAGUAGUUGUUUACCUUGAUCGACAUUAUUAGGCAGAUCUUUCAGAAUCCCAUGGUGUUGUGCUUGUCAAGAUGUUCUUUUUAUGUAUAUGAGAGCCGGCUUGCUUUCUUCAAAGUAAAAAGUUCCAUAUUAGAGUUUAUAUGUCACCACAGCUCUAACUUUAAAGUAGAUUUCCCAUCUAAUAUUGUUAAAAAAAUU